UCUUCUUCUGGUGAAGAAGAAGAGGGGACAGGAGGCGGACGGAAGGGAGGAUAGGUAGCACAGCAGCUGAGGGAGGCAGAAUGGCGAGAAUGUGGGGAGCCACCUGCAGCCUGUUGGUGCUGUCCAUGAUGGUCCACGGAGUAGAUGCUGUGAGUGACCCAGUGAUCUGCUACAUCUUAGACGCCUUCCUCCUGCUCUACUGUAUCAUCUUCACAGCGCUCUUCUUCAGGCAGAAGUUUGAGCAGAAUCCACUCGUCACUGAGGAAGAAAACAAAGAGACACAGGAGGGUGAGGGUGAAGGGGGCACUUAUGAGGCUGUGGGCACACAGAUCAAUCCAGAGCCGGAGCCGGAGCCAGGCCCAGUGCGGAGACAGCGAGGCCAGGCGCAGCAGCGAGCCCAGCCAGAGGCUACAGAUGACAACUAUGCGGCUUUGCAGCACCGGACUGGUGAUACCUAUGCCAAAAUACAAGGCAAGGGGAAGAAGAAAAAGAAGAAGGAGGAGCAGGGAGAGGCGUCUGGGGCUUAUGAGGCUCUGACCCGACCCAGUGCUGAUACAUAUAAUGCCCUGGAGAUGCGACCUCUCCCACCCCGGAACCCCCCCAACUGAGCUCAGACCCUAGAGCAGGGGUGGGAAACCUUUUUCAUUCGAGGGGCCACUUCAAAUUAAAUAAAGUGCUCAAAGGGCCGUACCGUGUACACAAACCAGGAUUUUCCCCAGCACUUUAGGCCUUUAUUGAAGGUGGCCCCCAUUACGACAAACCUCACCUUCACUGGUUCCACUGAAAAUAUAACUUAAUUGUAUCGUAAAAUGUAAUUCCUAACAUUUCUUUACAAAACAUGUCAUAUUUCAUGUGAAACUGCAUAACAUGAAAAUUAUAUAAUGCCCCCCCAAGCCAUAGGUUCCCCACCCCUGCCCUAGACCCACACCGCCCAGGCCCAGUCACUACUCUCCAACACCCAGCCUGGCUCAUGAAUGACUUCAUAUCAUACAAUAAUUAUUCCCUUUGUUUUAGUCAUGACUAACCUGUAGAAAUGGUCAUGCAAGGCCUGUAUAUAUACACAUUUUUAAUUGGUCUAUCUAAUAAUUUGUAAUUCAUCAGACAGAUUUCAACAGUCUUGCUCCCUCAAUCAGUUUUGUGUAUUCUGCUUGAUGUGUGGUGAGUCAAAUGUGGUUUUCCCAGAGCAUGCAGGUACCUCCUGAGAGUAUUUGAGGAGUACCAUCACAAAUGUGUGAUUAGAAUUUUGCCAAAAUUUUGAGUUCUCAGUAUGUCAUAAGGACUUUUAAACACAUACUUUUAUGGGAGCUGUGGGUGUUCGAGCAAAAUUCUAGAACUGAAGGAAAAUCCUUAUUCCUCAAAGGGUUAACACCUGAACAGUAGCCGUUAAUUUGAACCUCAAGAUGUCAGUGGGGUUAAAAUGGCUAGAGGACAAAAUAGCUCUGUAAAUAUUUCAGCGACACAGUUCCCCCCCCUCUCCUUUUGCGCUCUGCGGGUGAUGAGAGACUUGAGGACCUCACUUGCUACAUUUACAUGAGACAUUUAAUUCGGAAUUAACCGACUUAAAUUCUGAAUAAAUAUUAAUUCCUCUUUGAAAAUGCUGUGUGAACACUUGACAAUUCGGAAUUAAAUGAAAGAUCAAAGCAAAUUUUACGGAACUAUUAAUUCUGAAUUAUCGUAAUUUGGAAUUAAAAACGUCAUGUAAACGUAGCAACUGAGGAGAGGUUCUGAAAAUCUUUACUUAAACCCUUUUUCACGCAUGUGAAUAUUUUUGCUUACACAAAACUCCAAUUUAAAUAUCCAAUUUAGGGAGCUUAAAUACACCUGUCAAAAUGAUGUUUUUUUCAAUCCACCUGCCGUUUUAAUACGUACACGGAUCAAAAAUAUCUGCUUUUAAAAAUAUCAGAAUACAUGUAACCAAUGCUAGCGUCUUCAAAGAUACACUUGCACGAUGUGGUCCUAAAACCGGCCUACAAAGUUUCUGCGCACCAUCAUCACCCAUUCAAUGCUGAAUUCUAAGGAACUGUUUAUAAUAAAAUGAAAAUGUGCAAUUCACUUUGAUUUUUUUCCCCCUCAGGCCUGACAGUGUUUUGUGGUUUAAACAAUGUAAGUGAAUAGAAUGAUUGAAAUGCCAAUUUGACAAAUGAACUCAUUCAUUUAACUCCUUUGGUAAUGAUUUAGCAACACCCCUCAUAAUAACCAUCAUGUUGAUGCGUGCAGAGCUGCAUUCACGAGAGCACACGUUCAAACUUUGUACAUUUGACCAAGAAAGUCAUAUUACAAUAUUAAAACACUUGGAAAAUGGUUUAAUGAUGUUUACAACAAAAGAAAAACUGUACAUCUACAGUAAAAGAUUAUCUUUAUAUAUAUAUAAUAUAUAAAAAGGAAAAAAAAUACAGCAGACCAAAAUAAAAAAAAAUAAAAACAAAAAAAGAAAAAACAAACAAAAAAUGCAUCAAUCUACCAUGUAUUCUGAUUCACAUACUUUUAAUCAUUUUUCCUACACAGUCAUUCAGUACUACACCACCAUGUUUUGCAGCCCAUUUUACAGUCUGGUCACUGAUGUGUGUCCCCAUGGUAACCAAGAUGGGGGUGGGGGGGUAGGUACCCCUCCCACAAAAACAGUGUCACUAUGACAACAGUGAGAGCGAGAGUUCUACAGAGAGUAAAGACCAAAGGCUUGAGAAAGAAGAAGAGGGCCACACAUUCCUUGAGCCAGAGUUGCAGGAGAUGAGAAUAACAAAAUGCUUUAUAUGACGCAUUUUCAUUUUUUUUUUCGGAAGAGUUCCACUGAUGUGUUAUGUACAAUUAUUUUUUCCUCUUUUUUUCCUUCUUGUUUUGGUAACUUUUGGGCAGUGAAACUGAUAAAUCACACACAUUGACACACCCAAAAACAUACAAAAAUACUAUUUCAUUUACCUACCAAGAGAGUAAGACAGUUCUGUAAGUUUAACUCCAUGCGGUGACAGAAAAAAGAUCAAUACACCCAACAAACAAGAAAUUGAAAACGACAAACUUUUUUUUCCGUCUUUCACGUUAAGUAUCUCAGAAAAAUACCAAAAUAUACAUCUAAGCUUUGGAAUUACUGAGGUUAGAGCUAAAUCAGCAGGGAAUGGACUGAGGUCUCUUUCACACGCACGCUUGAGAGGAGACGUAAAAAACAACAGUUAACGAGAGUAGUAGAGGGAAAAGAAAGUCUUUGGUAUCUGUGUUUGUCAUACAUGUAAUAUUUGGAUUUUUGCUUUGGGAUAGAGCUUGUAAAAAUUCCCACGGACCGCCCCCGAGUAGCGGUGCAACGUCUAAAGCGAAGUGGGGAGCGGGGAGAGAAGGGAUCGGCCCGGGGAGCCAUUUGGUGAAGCCGCGUCGUCAAGACUGAGUGGAGGACUACGAUGCAUAGUUGCACACAGCUGAUGCGUCUGACAAAAAAACAACCAAACAAAAACAAACGACCAAAACAAAAAUCAAAAGAACGACGGCAGAGCACUACAUUACAGACGGAUACGGAGACAAGAGACAGACACGAGGGGUCCAACGUCACAGGAGAGAGUGAAAGGGUGAGGAGAGAGGCGGCAUGUCAUAGGAGACAGCUUUUGCCUACAAGUGUCUCGGAGUUGUGGCCUAAUGGCCACGUUAAAAACCACAUUGUGUGGCUGCGAUAUACAAGCGCGGACUCUUGAAAGCUUGGCUCGACAUGCAGGCCCCUCCCGACCCAAGCGCGUGCGUGUUUAAGAGACCUUCACCCAGCCCAGCAAGGGUUCGACACGUCCGUUGAGAGAAACCGACCCAGUCCUACCCAUCUCCACACAACCCUGACUAUUUGUGUGUGUGUGUGUGUGUGUGUGUGUGUGUGUGUGUGUGUGUGUGUAAUGUUCUGUUAGCGGAUGGUGUGUGUGCACAUGCAGGGUUGUGCUGAGAGAUAGUUUAGUCUGUACAAUCACUUUUAGUAAGUCUUUGGUUACCAUGGAGAGAAAAGUGGGGAGACUUGAGAGCCAAGCCAAGGAGACAAAACGCCAGACAACACCUUUGCUGUCCCCACACACACCACACCACACCACACACUACACAUUCACAGCUACAUUCAGAUGUGUGUUUGUGAGAAAGAGAGAGAUGGAAGGCAAACAAAAUCAAUACAAUGAUUGUCAAAUCAUAACAAAAGUAAAUGAAAUGGGAGGAAAACGGAGAAUAUAUAAGACAGAAUAUAUAAUAUAUUUAUAGAUAUAAAAACAAUGCACAUAAAAAAAAGAACAAUACUGAUUUCAAAAUUAAACAGAUGAUUAACAACUCAAGGAAACAAAGGGGAAAACAGGAUCUUGUUUUUAAGUUCAUGAAAGAAAAAGGUUCAGCAAUGAAGUCCUUGCUGACAUUCAACAGUGUGAGCGUGUGUGUCUUUUGUGGUUGUGUGCGCACAAGCACGUCUGUAUCUCCUUGGCUUCCUCCAGAUCGCACACACACACACACUCCCCAGAGGCUAAAUAGACAUGGGCAGACUCCUCUCCAGACAUUUCAUUUUUGUAUCUUUUUUUUUGUAUUCUUUUUUCUGUUUUGUUUUUGUUUUUUUUGUGUUAUUUUUCUUAAAGUAGAUUAAAGCAAAUUUGACUCAGUCUUGAGUUAGAAAUGAGGUAUACAACAGCUGCUUUUUUCCCAGACCCACUACACAACUUCUCUGGUGUGCCGCCCCAUGCCACCCCAAGGCGUCCACCUGCUAUCAGCGCUAGGACAGAACGAAGUUCCCCUCGCCCAGAGACCAUCCACCUCUGGGCCAAUCAAAUCACGACACAAUCAAUCACCACCCAAUCAGAAAGACCAGCAGCUCUACUCCUAACCAAUCACAGACUAGAGCGUUCAAACUCUAAGCUUCUACCAUCCUAGAGACCAAGCGCUGUAGAGGGGACGCUAGAAUGAGCACAUAGGUUUCAAAACCAUCAACAAAAAGAAGCACAGAGUGGUCACUGUGGUAUUUUAUCUCUGACAAAUUUGGUUUCUCUUUGAAAGAGAAACUGCCUUCAGAGAGAAUCACUUUUUUUAAAUUUCCAAGCACUCCACCUAGAAAUUCUUCAGGCUUCACUACAGGUCAAACACAAAAUGGCGGCCACAGACUACAAAGGUCAGUCGAGCUCAGCCAUUUUCACCCCACAUGAGCCGGUUCUGUAGUAAAGCUUUUUUCUUUUUUGCAAUCUUGCAGGUGUUGCAACCGUCCAUGUCACACCAUGAAAACCACAGAUAGCAACAAAAACCUGAAAACACAAUGAUAUUUUUAAAAAAAUGGUACAAAAACAAGAAAUCCCUCACAGCGUUGUUUCAGCCCAAUUGCGCAUGAUCCGAGUGAGUCCGACAUACAUACACGCAUGCAGAACGUCUUUCCUCCCGCACACUCACACUCAAGUUUGCUACACUGUUAUCUAUCGUCCUACAAAAGAUAAAAUAAAGACAGUAAGGCAUAAAUGAUCAGAGUAACUCAUGUUUGCUUUGUUAAAGAACUAAGAAAGCCAGUGAUGCUGCUCCCUCAUGCUAUAGAAACAAAGGCAAAAAACAAAAUGAUUGUUAAAAACACAUCAAAAUCAAGUCUGUAAUCAAGAACAAAAAAAGAGGUUAAGAUCAGGUGCUUUAGAGUUUGUUACCCCAGCAACAGUGAAAGCAGGGCGUGCUAUAUGUAAGGAGCACCAGAGGAAGCCCCUCCUAUGUGUUAGGCCACACCCUUUGUGGGAGGAGUCACAUAUGACAGCAACUCACCCAGAAGGGGUGUGGUUUCAUUUUUGGUCUGGACAAAGAUUUCAGAAUUGCCAUCAUUAUUUAGUCUUUUUUUUCAGUUUCUUUUGUGAAUAAACAUGACAAAAACACUACAUUCAAUCUUGAUAAUAGAUCAAAUAUAAAAUAUGAAUAUCUUACAUGUGUGUAUAUAUAUAGCAUUUAAAAAAAAGAAAAGAUUUUUUUCCUCUCUAAUCGUUAAGUCGUUCCUCAGAUAAAUAUAUCAGUAACUCCUGGUGGCCUCUGUGCUGAGCCAGAGGGCCAAGCUACUGCACUACAACUUAGAUAACAUAACCACAAACAAAAAGAAAAACUACACAUCCCAAGAGGCCGAGCUGAGACCUCCGGACAGACCCAGCGGAGUGAGCAGCAACAAGACAUCAACCCAGCCGCAGAGACAAAGGCUUUUUACUUUAACUUUGGCAAGUAGGAUAAAAUAAAUCAUUACUGGUUAACCUGGAAUCACCCUAAGAAGUAGUAGUACUUGAACUAGCAGUAGUAGUUUGUCUUUGACAUUAGGUUCUUCUAGCGGAGGAUAUUUUUUUGUAUUGUUUUUUUUUUGUGGUGUUUUGUCAUAAUAGAAAAAAAGAGGUUAAUAUUGGAUUUGUGGGUGUUAUGUUGUUUAAAGUGAACCUUUCUGCUAAGUGCUGCUGAGGUAUUUAAUAAAAAAAAUAAAAAAAAGUUAUAACGUACAAAAACGACGACAUGAUAAGAGAUGAGCACUGCGGGGGUUUGCUUUUGAGGCAAGAGGCAGUGUAACUGCUGUUAGCAUGGAAGGGGAGAUGAACAGAGAUACGUUGAAGACGCAUAUGCAAGAAGCACUAUAAACAUCUAGACAGGCACAGUAACAAAAAGCAAUACAAAAUUGGCAUUUUCUCUUAUGUAUUAGGCUCCAAUAGGUUUUUUUUAACCAUACCACAGCAAAAGGAGCAGGUUAGUGAAAAUUAUUGUCACCAUAAUAUCGAUAUUUUUACGUUUUUUUGAGGCGGCUGCCUCAACGGAUGAAGUGAUGGAAAGGUGGUUUGAUGAUGACAGAGACGAUCCACACCAAUUACCAAAAAAACACUCAACAGCACUUCAGGAAGGCUCUGAGAUUCUUUGGAUACAUUAAACUACCAAAAGCUCGAACAGUGUACCAUUGUGUUUUGUCGUUUGGCAUUGUUCGAAUAAGCACGGUUUCCUUCCACCACCCUGCCGAUAUCCAUGAUACUGCACAAGCUCUUGUCCUUUAAUAGCUAUUUUUCAUUCUUUCUGGAAAUAUUAGUUGAACAGAUUGUUUUUGUUUUCUCUGCAAGUGGAAAAUAAACAGGGUUUUUCAGUCAGUAGUGUAUCGACUAGUGAGCGUGAGGACAGCCCUCUCGGCUUGUCCUACACAGGCACAGCAGCUAGUGAGAAGAAAACGACUUUGGUUCAAGCUUUCCAUCAUGGCUGAGACAAUUGGUAGGAAACUUAACAAGGACAGAGAGAGAGAGAAACAACAGGAACAGCCCCUUUUGGAUCGCCAACUACGCACUGUCGGUCCCUAAUGCCUCAGUACUGGAUUAAUCGCCGGUCUGCAGAGGAUCACAACUCCCAGUUUGCCAUGGAAAGGGAAAAGGGAGGGGGAAAGGGGAGGACCAGGAGUUUGAAGUCACACUAGCACAAACGCACCAAAAGAACCGCCAAGGAACUCCUUGGCUCUUCUGGUGCUCCUUUGAAACCAAACUUCUGCUUGGGUCCAACACACACAAAACACACAACCCCAAAUAUAUUAAUAUUCUUUUCUUAGGGAGAGGGCAGGUCAAAUGCAGGACAAACUGCUCUCGUCUUGCACUCAAGACAUUUCAUCAUCAAGCCCGCCCCGUCCGCCACACCCCAGCCAGAGUGAGGCCUCAUGCCUCCAACUAGCGACCGACGAAACCCUAAAAUCCCCCACAAUACACUGCUGCUCCACUCCAAACCUGCUCUGCUACAGCGGAAGUGUCCUGC